AAAAAAAAUACGACCUUUUUUAGGAAAAGAAAGAGAGAAAAAAUGGAAAAACCCACAGCGACUCCUCGGCCAAAGGCCGAAGCAACGUCGUCGGAUUCGUCAAAAACAGUAGCCAACAACGUUUCUGCUGAAGAUGUUUCUACGAUCACUGGUUUCUUUCAAAACGUGGGAGUCUCAGACACCAAUUCUCUCCCAGAUUAUUGCAAUAACAAGUACUUCUAUUCCAAUAUCAUUCGCCACGCACUCAAGCCCGACCAAGUCUUACGUGGCCGACUCACCUGUAUCCUAACCGUCACACCCGCUCUCGGUAAUUUCUAUGGUUCGUUACAUGGAGGGUCUCUUGCAGCUAUUUGUGAGGUGGUGUCAAUUGCUUGUGCUAGAACUGUGGUUGCUGAGGAUAAGGAUAUUUUUCUUGGAGAUAUGAGCAUUUCAUAUCUCUCUGCUGCUCCAAUUAAUGCAGAUGUGAUAAUUGAUUGCUCUGUAGUGAGGGGUGGAAGAAAUUUGACUGUAGUUGCAACGGAGUUCAAGGUCAAGAAAACUGGGCAGUUAGCCUAUACUGCUCGCGCUAUAUUCUACAACAUGCCCAUUGCCAAGAUAUGAAGUUGUGGUUCAACAAAUUUGAAUUUGGGUAUCUCAUUUUGAAUCUCUACCUUCUGAUGAGUUUCGUAAAAAACCCAAUAAAAUUUUACAUUAGUUCAGAAUAUUGAAAAUUUGGUACUUAUGCAAUGUGGUUAAAUACGCUCAUUGAUGAAAUAGCAUUGACAGCUUCAUAGGGGAUAUUGGUAGUUAACCAAUCUGCUGAGAUAUGGAGGAAAUGACUGUGUGGCUACUUUAAUUCAUAUUUAAGGAGACUAAGAAAUUGCUGUACUCUACCAAAUCUUGGGGGGAAUUUAUGAGUUUUUAUUAGAAGAGGAGGAAUAAAGAGAUUAUGAAGUUAUCUUGAUA